AUGUCGGGCGUCGUGAACCCGUACCUGGCCGCCGGGGCGGCGAUCUUGCUCGCAAUCGUCUUCACUGCCCUGAAGUCCAAGACGAAGCAGCGACUCCCGCCCGGCACGACCCUCCCCCCGGGCCCGAAACCGAAACCCUUGAUCGGGAACCUUCUCUCCAUCCCGCCGGUGCACUCAUGGCUCGCCUUCCACGAGCUCAUCAAGGAGCACGGCCCCGUCGUCCGGCUCUCCAUCCCGGGCCAGGAGCACGUCCUCCUCGGCACCGAGACCGCCGCCAACGACCUCCUCCGCCAGCGCGGCAACAUCUACAGCGACCGCCACUACGCCCCCGCGUCGUCUCAUCUCCUGACCGACGAUCACAUGCUGCUGCUGCUCCCGUACGACGAGCAGUGGCGCAAGUAUCGCAGGUUCCUGCACCAGGUGACCAUGUCGCCCGUCGCGCCGUUGUACGAGACGGAGCAGAGGAUCGAGGCCGUCCGCCUGCUGCGCGACUUGAUCCGCGACCCCAAGGACUACGAGGUUCUUUUUGAGCGCUUUAGCGUCGGGAUUGGGAUGCGAAUCAUUUACGGUUUGCGGCUUGAGAGCGGACACGAUCGCGACGCGAGGAUGAUUCUCGACAUCGUCCACGAGCUCGAGCGCGCCGGAUCUCCCGGGGCGUACCUCGUCGACCUGUUCCCCUCGCUCAUGUAUGUCCCCGAGUGGCUCGCGCCCUGGAAGAAGUACCUCCGAGCGCGGAGACGACGCGACGAAGACUUCUUCGACGAACUCAUCGACCGGAGCAAGAAGCCCUCGUGGGCUCGGAACUGGCUGGAAACGCAAGACCAGUGGGGCCUCACGCGACGCGAAGCGAGCUGGAUGCUCGGCUCGGUCUUUCAAGCUGCCGCGACGACGUCUGGCUCGGCGCUGGCGUCGUUUGUUCUGUGUAUGGUGCGGAAUCCGGGCUGGUUCGAGAAGCUCCAGAAGGAAGUCGACGCAGUCGUCGGGCCUGACAGACUUCCCACUUUCGCCGAUAUGCCGCAGCUCCCUCUUGUCCGAGCAUGCGUCAAGGAGACAUUGCGAGUCUAUCCCAUCACCGCCGGGGGGUUUCCGCAUCGUCUGACGGAGGACGACACCUAUAAUGGGUACUUCCUCAAGAAGGGCACCGUGGUGCACGCCGUGCAAUGGGCUAUCCAGCGCGAUCCAGAGCUGUACCCAGACCCCGAGGUCUUUAACCCGGACCGAUGGCUGGACUCGGCAUUUCCGACUUACAAGGAGCCCCUGAACAUGUAUCCCAACUUGCAGAACUAUUCUGCCUUUGGCCAUGGCCGCAGAAUUUGCCAGGGCAUUAAUAUCGCUGAGCGGAGUCUCAACCUUAAGAUUGCUAUGCUGGCCUGGGGAUGUAAUAUCAACAGGGCCAAGGAUUCUGGCGGAAGGGACAUCAUACCGCCUGUGUACAACUUUGUCGAAGGAUUCAAUGUUCAGCCUAAGCAUUUUGAUUUUGAUCUGAAGCCCAGGAGUUCGGAGCGAAUGGAGCUGAUCGAGAGGGAUUACGAGCAGUCGCUGAAGGACGACCCCUUAUUGCAAUAG